CUUCCCAAUACCUACCUAUAUUACUUUGAUUUGAUUACCAUCUUUCACCGCCCAUUCUAUUAUUCAUUCAUUUUUCUUCACACACACAUCAAAAAACAGAAACAAACGACACAUUAAAACAAAUCCAUCAAAAAACCAGAAACCCAAUUUAAACUUCUCCUUCGCCACCUUUCUCUCCCUACCAUCCACCCUCUUUCUCUCUCUCUCUCUCUCUCUCUCUCUCUCUCCCCCUCAAUCCCUAGCUAGCUCCUUUCACAUAUUUCAUACUACACGAACCUCUCUUUCUCUCUCUCUCUACAAUAUAUUUUGUUUCAUAAUUUCUCUCUCAUUCUCGAAUCUAAAAAGAAAAGGAUCUCUGCCUAGGAUUAAUUUUAAUAAUUAGGAUAGACUGAUCAUACGUGCGAAUUAAUGGGGCGUGGUCUCUUUGCCUGCUUUGGCAGAGGCUCGUCCUCGUCCAAGAACGAUUCUUUAGAAGCCACCACUGCCACUGCGGACAUCUCUGCGGAGGAGCAGAGGAGGGGUGGGACGGUGGUGGUGGAGCUGUUCUCGUCGCAGGGCUGCGCCACCUCGCCUGAGGCGGAGCUGCUGUUGUCGAGAAUUGGGAGGGGUGAUUUUGAGCUGGAGGUGCCAUUGAUCGUGUUGGCAUACCACGUGGACUACUGGGAUUACACGGGGUGGAAGGACCCAUUUGGGUCCAGUCAAUGGACGGUCAGGCAAAAGGCUUACGUGGAGGCCCUGAAUUUGGACACCAUGUUUACACCUCAAGUGGUGGUCCAGGGUAAGGCCCAAUGUGUUGGCACCGAUCAGGACGCUGUCCUCUCCUGCAUUGCAUCUGCACCCAGACUCCCUGCUCCCACUUUCCAGGCAACGUUUCAAAGGCCUACACCAGAGUCCCUGCAAGUAUCCCUAACAGGAGCUUUGAGGACAAAGGUGGACAAUCAGGGUGCGAAUGUGAUGGUGGCUCUGUACGAGAAUGGUUUGGUGACUGACUGCCCCAAGGGGGAGAACAAAGGGAAAGUCCUGGCCAAUGACUUCGUGGUUAGGAAGCUCGAAAAGCUCUGCUCUGUCAAAGAUAUCUCUGCCAAGAAGACUGUAAACGGAACUGUUAAUUUUCCUCUAUGGGAAAAUUUCAAUAACAGCAAAUGUGGCGUCGCUGUCUUUGUUCAAGACAGCUCUCAUCAUAUUUACGGUUCGCAGAAAUUUCAGUUGCCGGACAAUUUAUAAGCACUGCUACUACUAGAUUGUAUGUUUUUCAUGGUAGCUGCUAUUAUUUAGUAUAUGGCUUGUUAUUUUUCUGAUCACCAAAUUUCAGCCUAUAUUUCUGGUUGUUAUUUAGAUGGCUUGUUCUGGUUUAGGUUCAUAAUGUUUUUCUCUUCUUUUUUUUUAUAUUAUUUUUUUCUCUUUGUUUUUGAGUUUAUGUUUAGGAGAUUGGAAAGAAUUUUUAAUGACAUGGAGUUGCUUUCGAGGUUUGGUACUAAA